AUGCCCGACCCACAGGAUUAUACGGUUGGCUGGAUCUGUGCCAUAGAGACAGAACAUGUCGCUGCUCAAAGAUUUCUUGACCACGAGUUCGGUCGACCUGACGUUCUGGCGCCUAAUGACAAUAAUGAUUACACAUUAGGCAAGAUCGGAGGCCACCACGUUGUCAUAGCUGUCCUGCCUGGUGGAGAAUAUGGCACAUCCUCUGCUGCAAGCAUCGCCAGGGAUAUGCUGCACAGAUUUCCUAAGAUCCGAUUCGGUCUUCUGGUUGGUGUGGGUGGUGGUGUACCGAGCUCAAAACGUGAUAUUCGCCUGGGUGACAUUGUCGUCAGUCCAUCUCAGGGCGCUGGACACGGCGGUGUGAUCCAGUAUGACUUUGGCAAAGAAUUUCAAGAACAAAGAUUUCAGCCAACGGGGUUUUUGAAUCGACAACCGAUUAUACUUGAGACAGCGGUCAACGGCCUUAAGGCACAAUAUCAGAGGAAGGGCCAUCAGCUUGAAGAAGCAAUCAACACGGUGCUCGAGAACAAGAGAAAAAUGAGACGGAAAUAUAAACGGCGAGAGUUGAACAGUGAUAGGCUGUUUGAAAGCCAAGUUAUUCAUCCUUCUGACAGGGAAGGGACGUGUGCUGAAGUAUGCGAUAUGUCAAGAUUAAUCAUUCGAGAAGAACGGGAUGACGGUGAGGAUAUACCAGCAAUCCAUUACGGCCUUAUUGCAUCUGGAAACAAGCUGAUUAAAGAUGCCGAAUUUCGGGACAAGCUUGCACUUGAACAGAAUAUUCUUUGUUUUGAGAUGGAGGGAGCUGGCCUGAUGAACCAUUUUCCAUGUCUGGUCAUUCGUGGAAUCUGCGACUACGCAGACUCCCAUAAGAAUAAGGAAUGGCAAGAAUACGCAGCAAUGGCAGCAGCAGCUUAUGCAAAAGAUCUUUUAUGUCGAAUUGUCCCUGGCCGAUAA